GAACGAAUAUUCCCUCCGGCAGAUGGUCUCACCUUCUCUACUUGGGUGUGUGUGCACAAAUUCGAUGAACCACCCUCCGGCACAAGGUCAAUUCCGACAGCUUUGUCCGCUUCGUCCACAGAAGCAGUGGCAACUUCUUCAACUGAUUCAGCCUGCCCCACUGAACCAGAAACUGCUCCAUCCUCGACAUUGCCUCAGUCGCCGAUUGCAGCUCAGACUGCUCUCGCCAGCUUGGCCCGAUUGCCGCAUCCGGUACGCUUGUUGACGUUGGUGCGAGGGGUGCAGGGCCUCAACGACCAGCUAGUCUGCUUGGCCAUUUUCCUGCAUCCCAUUGAGCGUACUCUCAUUGUGUCGACUCAAGAAAAAUUGCAGCAUGUUGGUAGGGUCAUUCUUCAAUAA